CGGAAAGUGUAGACAGUUUCGCCCGCGCAGUUUCCUUGGAACUUGCUGGCAAUGGCAUCAUGGGAGUCCUUGAAAGCGAGGGCAAAGGCGCUCAAGUCCGAGUUGGACACGAAGAUGCAGGACCUUGGCCGCCUGAACAAGCGGCUGAGUACAGCAACGGCUUCCACACCAGCUGACCGUGUUGCUGAGCUUGACGGGCAGAUAAAAUUGGUUGUGGGACUGAGAGAAGAGGUUGAGAGAGGGCUCAGCCAGCUCGAGGAGGCCAGCGAAGCACUUGCCAAUGUGGCUGCAACCAGCGCCCAAGCGGCCCAAGCCGCAAGAUUUCGCGAAACCCAGCAGGAGAUGCUGAGAGACUUCAAACGAAUUGCCCAAAGUAUUGAUCAUCAGUAUCAACAUGCCAGGCUGCUUCCAUCUUCUAGACACAACAAGUCCGCAGAUGCAGAAGAUGGUCUCAUGCGCGAGCGCAUGGGACUAAACUCCUCCCUGUCAAUGGCCGACGAGAUUAUUGGCCAAGCCUCUGCAACCCGGGAUAUGCUCAUGAACCAGCGAGGUGUGCUGAACAGUGUGCACGACAGAGUUGGAUCCCUGAGCUCUAUGUUUCCUGGCAUCAACUCGUUGAUUGACAAGAUUUCAGACCGAAAGAACAAGGAGAGGGUGGUUCUUUCCAUUACGAUCGCGUCCUGCUGCUUCUUCACAAUUUGGUACAAGUUUUUGUGAUGGCAUCCUCAGAACAACGGACUGCAGUGCAGAGUCCGAUGUGCACAAAGCUUGCAUCUACUGGAGCAAUGAUGUGGGACAAGAC